GAAAGUGAAUCACCCCCUACGAGACCCAAUGUUGCAACAGGCUAACACCAUAGCUCACACAUGCGUAUAUCGUUUCAUUAUUCAUCGCACGGGUUGUGCGGGAGGAGAAGUGUAUCGCUGUUUAAAAAGUUUAUUGGGAUGCAGACUUGUGUGUGCGAAAAGAUUUCUUAUUAGAUAACAUUCAAAAAUAGUCGUUAUAGAUGUGGAUCUUUGUGGAUUUCCUUGUCAACAGACGAGAAUUGUGGAACUAUCUUUAAAAAAAACACAUUUGUUGAUUUUCGGGGAAUUUAUUUUAAAAAAAAUCCACUGGCUUUGUCAUUUCGAUUGAAAUAGCGCAAGAUAACAGUUCGUGUAUGGAUUAUCAAUACAGUCACUUGAAACAUGGAUUUAGUCAGUGCAUACAAUUAUGUGUAUGAUAACUUUACAUGAUAAGUCGUCAUGUUGAACAAAACUGUGUACCUGUAAAAACUGAUGGAUAAGAUUCACCGGUAUGUCACAUUAAAAUUAUGUGUAUGGUUUUCUAGGACAUCUAGUCAAACUAGGAAGAGAUGUUAAAACACAGAGUUUCGAUAGCUGGCAUGCAAGGUCAACCGACAGGAGUUAGACCUCCACCUCAGCAACACACAGGCGCACAAACACAUAUGGCAACAGCGCCGUUCGUAAAUCCCAAUCCGUAUACUUGUUCAGUGCCAAAGUCUAUGAACCAGAUCCCAGUACAGAUGAACUCAGACAAGAGCAUGGCAUAUCCCGGUCCUACCGCUCAAAACAUUAACCAAUAUCCAGGCGGUUAUCAUCCCGCGAGCAGCAGAGACGCGUACGAAAAUCCAUAUAACAUGGCUGAAGAAAGUGCUAAUUAUAAUCCGCCUCAAAAACACGCCGAUCAAUUUAAUGAUAGGACACUAUUUCAGCAAUAUCAUAUGCAAGGAUCGGCACCAAGCAGCCAUCCUAUGAGCAUCGGUCAGCAAGGUGCUCACUACACUGAAACAAGAACGAACCAAUCAGUUGGAAUUUCUAACCAAGUGCCAUUAAUAGUUACAAGCGAAUCCACUGCGAGAGACGGGUCUCGUAUUACAAACGAAAAGUACGACUAUACCGAUAAUAUACCAACCACACCAUUGCGGUCCCCUGAGCUAUCAUCAAGUAGUGAUACCGGUAAUUUGUCCUUAAAUGAGAUCAUAAUGUCGGAGAAAUACCGAGAAGGGGUCACCGAGCAGGACUUGCUACAGGUGGAUACGUUCUACAGAAGUCAUAAAUCAGACGUUUUUGUCUGUGGUUGUUUAGCCAACAUGUACAUCGGCUCAGUGAAAAACCCUGAACAGUGGGUGUUUAACGCCACAGGGAUUCCUUUGUUAUUAUUGGACUCAGGCGAGCAUCAUCGUCAAAGAAAACUUUAUAUUGUGCUGGCGGAAAAGGGUACUGGAUUUACCAUAUGGCGAGAGGUCAUUGACAAUCUAACCAGCUUUAAAACGCCCAAUGCAAAUUUCCACACAAUGCAUCUAUCUAAGGAUCACACUAAGUUAGCCGGCCUGAGUUACGAUGACGCUAAUAAAGCCAAAGAAUUUUAUUGCCAUUUAGAGAAGCUUACUUCUGACCCUGAUGAUGAUCUGCUUAAGCUAGGCAACAUAAAGAAAAAAUCAAAAUCCAUGAGAGACAAAAAGAAGAAAAUCAAACUCCCGAAGAAAACUGAAAUAUCCCAGCCGUGUUGUUUUGUUCACGUUACGAAACUAGAUCGCCCAAUGUCAGAAUCGGAUUUGUCAAACGCGGGAAAAGGUUCACCGAAAGUCAACGAAAUUUCGGCGCCGUUUAAUUUUAAGCAUGUUACCGGAACAGCGACUGAUUCCAAUUCGCUUUCAGGCAGUUUGCCUAACAUGUUGGGAAGUAAAUUGACUCUCGCCAGUUCGAGUAGUGUAGAUUCUGGACUCUCGUCCGAGGACAGAAACUCUUCCAAGAAUUCGAAAUAAUGGACUUAUUUUUACAAAAUGAUUUACAUGAUAUUUACCUGUCGAUAUUGUUCAAAAGUUAUCAGAUUUCAUAUUUAUACUUUAAUAUGAAACAUAUGUAUGAGGAUUUUGAUGUAACCAUGAGUACACGUACAACACUUUAUUACUCGUUAAUAUGUAAAAACAAAUGAAUCUCUAGAUUCAUAUCAUCAAGAGAGAUACAGUUAUUAUCAUCCAUUCAUUAAAGUUCAGACAGUGACCAAUUGCACAUUUAACAUGUACUUGAAGUACAAAUUAAACUGGGAGUAAAUAAUUACAAUUAAGUAACUAUUAUGAAUAUGAAAACAUAUGCAAAAUGCCAAAGCCAUGAAAAAUGCGUAUGUAUAAUAAAAUAAAACUUUGUAAAGUUUUGUGGAAAAUACGAUUGAUUUCGAUACAACUAUUCAAUCCAUGCUAUGUGGUUAACAUUGAGCCGUUGCGUCAUUUGCAUGCAUGCACGACUACCGAACCCCAAUAUACUACUGCCUGUAUGUAUAUGUGAGUGACUGAUUUCUUAUAAUUAUUGCUGAUUUAUUUACAUAAUAUACAUUUUACUUGUACAUAAAGCAUUGAAUGUAAUGACAUUAAAGCCUCUACUCUUUAA